AUGUCCAUGUUCGGUUUCGGCGGGGUCCAGGGCCCCACAUCUGCCCAAAAAAUCGCGGCCGCUGAGGCAGAACUCGAGAUGGUCACUGACAUGUUCAAUCGUCUUACAAGCUCCUGCUUCAAAAAGUGCGUUCCAAAGGACUACCGAGAAAGCGAGCUGAACAAAGGCGAAUCCGUCUGCCUUGACCGAUGUGUCGCCAAAUUCUUCGAGGUCAACGUCAAAGUCAGCGAGCAAAUGCAGAGCCAAGCUGCAUCGCGGCAAGGCGGUGCUCCUGGUGCCGGUGGCAUGUUCGGAAUGUAG